ACUCUCUGAUUACCGCCACAGCCCUUCUAGGCUUUCUACUAUAAAGACCACACCAACGAAUAACGCAGUCACUCCAAACCCCGAACAUCACCGUUAUAGGAGCUCCGGAAUCACAGAAAUCUCAGCUCAGAAUCGCCGUCACUCCCUUUUCGCAUUGGUAGUUGGAAAUUUUGUGGUUGAGGAAGGUUUAUAUGGAAGGAGAAGGUAGCGUAUUAGAUUCAAUAUAUGAUGAUAACUUUGGGGAUGGUGAGGAUGUCGAAAUGCUCGAUGUCGAAGAAGGGGAGCUUGUGGAGCAUGAAUCGCAGAAUGGCUCGGUACAGGGGAGUGGGGGGAAUGACAGUGGAGCAAACCAAGAGCAUCAGAGUAAGGGUAGCAAGAAUAAGAGGAAGAAGAGGAGAAAUAAGAGAAAGAACAGCAGCGGCGGCCCAUGGACUAAUGUAUUUGACAUAGACAGGUUUGUUUCGGAGACAUGUAGAAAUUUGAGAGAGAAAAAAUCGUAUAUGGUAUACACUGCUGUUGGUUGUCUUGGUGUUGCUGCAUUGUGUGAUCUCAUCAAAGAGGUGAAUGCAAUCCAGGCAUGUGGAGGUCAGAUGACUGCUAAUGGCAGACGUUUGCGGACAGGUGGUGGUCUGCUGUGGAAUAUCAUCAAAGCACGAGAGCCAAAGGCCUAUAAAGAGAUCAUGAAGAAAGCCAAGGAAUUUGAGAAGCAAUUCAAGCAACCAUAUAAUAGACAACCACCAACUAACCAAAGUAAAGUAGAACCAUCCCAAGUAUUUGCUACUUCAUCAGAGGAUGUGACUCCAGCCAAAUUUUCAAAUGAUUUGCAGCAUGUAUCUGAAAUGACUGAAAUGACCGAAAUGCCUGAAGUUCAGACUCGAGACAAUCAGUCAAAUCCCCGAAGUAAACACGUUUCUGUUCAUGAUAGGCUAAGGGUACCCGUUUCAUAUGAUGAUGACCUGCUUACAGGGGAACCCAAAGAUGAUGCAAUUUGAUUGCUGAGAUGAUCCUUUUGUGUUCUGAAAUGUUUGGUCAGAGGGUUGGCAUUAGUUGACUUACAGAUGGGAGUUAUUUAUUUGUUUUUACAUAGUUAGAGAGGAGUAUAUUGGCAUUGUGAACUUGCGUUUAACUAGAAUUUCCAAUGAAUCCACAAGUUCUUUUUGCCCCUA